CGUAAACAUGCUGCCUGGUCCUACCACAUAACAGCAAAAGCUUCAUACUCAUUUAUUCAAUUCAACAGAAUGGCACAGAAUCAACAGCAGUAAGUAAACGCAGAACUGGACGGACAAAAGAAAAGAGGCCGUUGAGAGAGUUUUCAGACUGAGGCUUUGACCGAGGGUUAUGAAAAAACAGGAACCUUUACAUGGAAGCCUCAUAUGGUCCAGAUCCAAGCCUCUCCCAUGUGGUUGUGCUGUUGCUGGGAGAGAAACAAAGUGGGAAGAGCUCAGCAGGAAACACCAUCCUGGGAAAACCAGCGUUUCACAAAAAAACAACUCGCAGCCUCAAGAAGAAUGGCACCGUCUUUGGAAUACAGGUGACAGUGGUGGACACCCCAGGAUGGCUCUCCCACUCCACUACUCCAGACAAAGUGUCCUGGGAGCUCUGCAGAGGUCUGACUCUCUGCCACUCCAAGCCUGAUGUCAUUCUGCUAGUGCUGCCCAUCACCUCCACCUUCGGCCAAGAGGAGUGGAGGGCCAUGGAGGCUCAACUCAGACUACUCCAAACAUUAAUCUGGCAGCGAGCCAUGCUCCUCUUCACGUAUGGAGACCAGUUAGGAAACCUGCCUAUCCAGGAGCACAUAAGGCGACAAGGUCGGACUCUUCAUUGGCUGCUGGAGCGAUGCGGGAACAGGUACCAGGUUAUGCCCAACCAGUCCUUGGCCCCAGAGGCUCAGCUUACAGAGCUCUUUGCGAAGAUCCAGAAGAUUGUGAAGGCUAACAAUCGUCCCAAGGAGAUCCAGUACAGAAUGUAUACCCAGGUGAGACAAGAAGUGAGCACGACGAUGGAGUGGAGGCAGCAGGGAAGACAGGAGGAGAUCGAAAUGACACUGAUGCAUGAUGUACAAGAUGGGAGACCAAGAGGAAGGCAGGAGAUGGCCUCAAGAUGGUCAUUUAUGCUAAGAGCAUUCCCAGUUGGGACAGGCGGUUCCAAACCUGCUCUUGGCCUCAUCCUGCUGGGAAGGAGGAAGUCAGGGAAAACCUCAGCAUGCAACAUAAUCAUGCAAAGAGAAGAGUUUCAGGUGGCCGUAAAGACCACCAGGUGCUCUGUCAGCAAUGGUGAAGUAUCAGGGUGGCCUGUCACAGUGGUGGACACCCCCGGGUGGAGUCUGUUUGGUCUGGCUGAUCCCAAGAAAGUCAUGUCAGAGAUCAGCCGGAGCCCUUCACUCUGCCCUGUAAGGAGCACACACAAAGUGUGCUACCUGCUGGCUCUGCCCGUGGACUCGUUCACAGAGAUGGACAGGAGAGCCGUGGAGACGUACCUCAGCGUGUUGGGGAAUGAUGUGUGGAGAAGCACCGUGGUGUUGUUCACCUAUGCUGAAGAGCUGAGAGAAAGGGCAGUGGAGAAACACAUCGAGGAGCAGGGGAAGCCUCUGCAGUGGGUGCUGGACAGAUGUGACGACCGGCAUCACGUAUUCGAUACAAACACAGUAGAUCAGCUGCUGCAGAUGGUGGAGGAGCUGUAGAAAUAUGACAAAGAAAGAAAAUAUGGAAGAGAGAUAUUAUAUUCAUCUUUUUCAACACACCAUCUGACAAAGAGGUGACAAAGUAUAGUACUUAUUUCAGUUGAUUCCAGUUAAUCACCCCCGUCUGUCAAGUUUUGAUCUAUUGGCAUAUGUCUCAUUCUUGUCACUGGCUUGUAGAAUUAAUAUUUCUACUGAUUUAUAAUUAUGGUAUAAAUUAUGUUUGUGUUAAAAGUAAAUAUGUAUACAUAGAGGGUGAUCAUGUUUGAUGCCACUGGGUUUAUGUCCAAUUCUGCCUUGCAUAUAUUAAAAUACAUGAGUCGUCCUUGUUACAAAGUGUGCAUAUUAAAGAUUGUCCAACGUGUGAAGUCUAUGAUGACAAUAAAGUUCAGUCAUAUUUAAAAACACCUUUUUGUAUGAUAUAUGAUUAACGAAGUUGAUCUUCAGCAUGAUUCCGUGGUAUUCCAACGAC